ACCCGAAAAUCACAGCCCAGAGUUUUCAAGCUCCAACAUUCCAACGCCGAAAGAACACCUUCUUCCUCUCUUCUCUCUCUUUCUAGAAUAUUCCAAUUUUCUUUUCACUUUUCAUUCAACUCACUGAGUGACAAAAGCGAGUCAUGGAAUCUAAACCCGUAAACAUUAAGCUUCUCUGUAGCUACGGUGGCAAGAUCCUCCCUCGAUCAACCGAUGGUGAACUCCGUUACGUCGGCGGUCACACCAGAGUUCUUGCCGUUAAUCGUUCAAUUUCGUUUUCAGAAUUGAUUGAGAAGCUUCGAGAAUUCUGUGGUUCAUCUGUGAAAUUAAGGUGUCAAUUACCAAAAGGAGACUUGGAAACGUUGAUCUCCAUCACAAACGAUGAAGAUUUGGCUCAAAUAAUCGAUGAAUACGACCGUGCCUCGUUGAAAUUAACUCAUCCGUUGAAGAUCAGAGCUGUUCUUUCUCCGCCGAAAUCGGUGUUGAAAGUUUCUCCCAAUCCGUCGUCUGCGUCCUCAAGUGCUAGUCGUUCUCCGUACAGAUCACCUUAUACUUCAUCUGAAUCACCACCGUACGCGGCGUCGUAUAGAAUCGGACGUUACAGUCGCUCGCCGAGGGCGCCGGUAGGGUACUCGUUCGGCGCCAGGAAUGGAUCGGCGAAAGCCUAUUGCUACACGGGCCACCAAAUCGAGAGAGGACCCAGGCCCUUGUAUUGUGGGCCUCGUUUCAAUAAUUACUGCCAUUAAGCCCAAAUUUUAUUAAUAAAUAAUAAAUAUAUUAAUUACAGUAAAUACAUGAAUGAAAAAAUAUUCAACGAACGAAGGAUCUAGAACAAAACUUUUAAUUUUUUUGAGAGAUGUGAAAUACGAGAUUUUUGUUCAUAUAAAUUUUGAGAUGUUGAGGUUCUA